UCUUCUACUGUCUCGUGCUACUUUUUCCCCCAGAGAAUUUAGCUUUCGUGAGAAACAAAGCAAGUGACAAUGGUGAAGUUCACAGUUGAAGAGCAACGGAAAAUUAUGGAUCGUAAACACAACAUCCGUAACAUGUCUGUUAUUGCCCAUGUCGAUCAUGGGAAAUCUACUCUUACGGAUUCGCUUGUUGCUGCUGCUGGUAUUAUUGCUCAAGAAUCUGCUGGUGAUGUUCGUAUGACUGAUACGCGUGCUGAUGAAGCAGAACGUGGCAUCACCAUCAAGUCCACUGGUAUCUCUCUCUACUAUGAGAUGACUAAUGAGUCUUUGAAGAGUUUCACUGGAGCUAGAGAUGGCAAUGAGUACCUGAUCAACCUCAUUGACUCUCCUAGACACGUUGACUUUUCAUCAGAGGUCACUGCUGCUCUCCGUAUUACUGAUGGUGAUCUUGUGGUUGUUGACUGCAUUGAAGGCGUUUGUGUGCAGACUGAGACUGUGCUCAGGCAAUCUCUUGGAGAAAGGAUAAGGCCUGUUUUGACUGUCAACAAAAUGGACAGGUGUUUCCUUGAGCUUAAGGUUGAUGGUGAAGAGGCUUAUCAGAAUUUCCAGAGGGUCAUUGAGAAUGCUAAUGUCAUCAUGGCUACGUAUGAGGAUCCUCUCCUUGGUGAUGUUCAGGUUUACCCUGAAAAGGGGACAGUGGCUUUCUCUGCUGGUCUCCAUGGAUGGGCUUUCACUCUUACCAAUUUUGCUAAGAUGUAUGCUUCCAAGUUUGGUUGUUCUGAAUCUAAAAUGAUGGAGAGGCUGUGGGGUGAGAACUUCUUUGAUUCUGAAACCAGAAAAUGGACCACUAAAAACACUGGCUCAGCCACCUGCAAGCGUGGGUUUGUUCAGCUCUGUUAUGAACCCAUUCGGAUGAUGAUCAACACUUGUAUGAAUGACCAGAAGGAUAAGCUGUGGCCGAUGUUGGAGAAGCUUGGUAUUCAGAUGAAGCCCGAUGAGAAAGAGUUGAUGGGUAAACCUUUGAUGAAGCGUGUCAUGCAGGCAUGGCUCCCUGCGAGUACUGCUCUGCUUGAAAUGAUGAUCUUUCACUUACCAUCACCCUACACUGCGCAGAGGUACCGUGUUGAGAACUUGUAUGAAGGUCCCCUUGAUGAUAAGUAUGCUGCAGCUAUCAGAAACUGUGAUCCAGAAGGUCCUUUGAUGCUCUACGUCUCUAAGAUGAUUCCUGCAUCUGACAAGGGUAGGUUCUUUGCCUUCGGUCGUGUCUUUUCUGGUACAGUUUCUACUGGUAUGAAAGUCAGGAUCAUGAGUCCCAACUAUGUCCCUGGUGAAAAGAAAGAUCUGUAUGUCAAGAGUGUGCAGAGGACUGUCAUUUGGAUGGGUAAGAAGCAAGAGACAGUGGAUGGAGGAUGUUCCUUGUGGUAACACUGUUGCUAUGGUUGGGCUAGAUCAGUUCAAUUUUAAUUUUUCAAUGAUAGGGAUUAGUGUAAACCAACUACGUUCUCUGCGGCUACAGCCAUUAACUGUUAUACUCAUUUCAUCAGCAUACAUUAAUAGUUAUCUGAUCUUUACCUCCAAUGCACUUGAAGAAAAAUGCAUGUACAAUGUCUGCAUUACUCUGGCUAAAUCCAUACUUCUUCAUUGCUUAAGAAAAUCGUCCAUACUAU